AAAAUACGAUUGAUAGGAAAAAAAAAAAAAGCAAAAGAUGAUACAAGAAAGAAAUGUAACGGAGAGAAUGAGAGGGCCAGAUAGGGGAAUGGAGAGAAGGAGGGAGGGAAGAGCGAGGGCGGGAUGAUGAAGGAAGGGUGUGAAGGAGGAAGGGUGGGAGGGAGGGCCACCUUUGGCACUGAGCGCCCAACUCGCCUCAGUUGCCCGGACGACACGGCACGAGGAGGUUGUGGCCUCGUCCUCGCGCCAGUCUGGCCCCGCAUCUGGCCGAGGCGACGCUCCGGGACUGCCGCAGCCUCCACCCACCGGAAAAUGAAAGUAAAACAGAAGGCAAUGUAAGGACAGAACAUGACGGGGAAAGACAUACAAGUGAACAUGUAGACUGCAACGCACCCACGCACGCACGCACAGGGAGCGAUGAAGAACCAAGAAUGCCAAGAUUCCUCGAACAAACUCCAUACGACAUUCCUGUAGCGGCGUAAAAACACCAAUAAAUCAACGCUGUGCAGUGGAUGAGAGAAAGUAUUUGGAGUGAGGGCGGCAGCAUGGGCGCGGGGGCGUGCGAGGCGGACAUGGCCACGUGGGCGAGGACGCGAGUGGUGCUGAGCUGCCGCUGGCGCUGAUGGCCCCACAGACACCGCCCAUGUCACAACUCUGGCUUAACACAAGCGUCACAGAAGCGAGUGCAGCGGAGGACGUGAUUGCUGCAGCUGCGGACGCCUCUCCCGGAACUGAGGAGGGCGGGAACGGAACCCUAGCGCGGGAGGGCGGCGGGGGCGGAGAGGCGCUUGUUUGGGAAAGUGUGGCCCUGCUGGUGCUGAAGGCCUUCCUCAUGGGCAGCAUCAUCCUGGUCUCUGUGAUGGGCAACGUGCUGGUCAUCGUCAGCAUCGGCCUCAACCGCAAGCUGCAGAUCCUCACCAACUACUUCCUGGUGUCCCUAGCCAUCGCAGACAUGCUCGUGGCCUCCUGUGCCAUGACCUUCAACGCCUCCGUGGAACUCUCGGGUCGUUGGCUCUUCGGUUAUAUCAUGUGUGAUCUCUGGAACUCCUUUGAUGUGUAUUUCUCCACUGUGUCCAUCUUGCACCUGUGCUGCAUCAGUGUUGACCGCUACUACGCCAUCGUCAAGCCCCUGGAGUACCCACUCUACAUGACCAAGGGGGCCGUGGUGUUCAUGCUGGCCAACGUGUGGCUGGCGCCCACCCUCAUCUCCUUCGUGCCCAUCUUCUUUGGAUGGUACGCCACGGCAGACCACCUAGAGCACCGCGCCCUUCAACCUGACUCAUGCACCUUUGAGGUUAACAAGGUCUACGCCAUCCUGUCGUCGGCCUUCUCCUUCUGGGUGCCGUGCACGGUGAUGGUGGUGCUGUACUACCGCAUCCUGCUGGAGGCAAGGAAGCAGGAAGCCGCCAUCCUGAGUCGCACAAACAGUACGUGCACCAUCAACAAUGUACAGCGAGGCUUCCCCUCGUCUACCGCUCAGCAAAUCUUGUCCGCCUUCAGGCUAAGGAGGAGGCCCAAGCUGAGGAAGAAAAAGGACAAGCACUGCGACAGACAAGAGUUUCAACUGGGCCCGGUGCCGCGCAUAUCGCGCUGUGACCUGGGCAACGAGCCGCGGCCCGGGGGAUUCCGAAAGCCCUCCACCAUCUGUACUCAAGAGCAAAGUACAAACGCUAGGAAAUCUAGUAAACACUUACUGAAUGACACCACCCAGCUGGGCCCGCCGGCCCUUCCGGACACGUCCAGCUCACUGGAGGUGAGUCCGAGGACCACCAGUCCAGACUUGUCGUUCAAUGAGGAAGUAGACGAUCGCGUGGACACGAGUCCCACCCUCAAGGCGCACCACUCCCGCAACAGCUCCGUCAGCAUCAACGGACACACGGGUAGCGGCCUGCCGGUGCGAGUCAUCAGCCCGGUGCCCUUUGGGAGGAGAGAGUCCUUGAUGCCCCCAAGCGCCCUGCACUACGGGGGCAGCGGAGGCGGGAGCAGUCACAGCGGCGGCCACCCGGUGAUGCGCCGCGAACACAAGGCGGCGCGCACGUUAGGCAUCAUAAUGGGCGCUUUCAUCCUGUGCUGGAUGCCAUUCUUCACCUGGUACGUGGCCGUCACCAUCUGCGGCGACCGCUGCCCGUGCCCGCAGGCCGUGGUUACCACGCUCUUCUGGAUCGGCUACUUCAACUCCACCCUCAAUCCCUUCAUCUACGCUUACUUCAGAGCCGAAUUCCGGGAGGCAUUCAGAAAGACCCUGCGACAGCUGAAGUGUUGCACGCGAGACGAUGACCUUCCCGGGGCGUUCGUCUGACCCCAGCAGGCGCCCUCACCCCUUCCCUCGGGCUUUCAGUAAAGAUUGAGAACCGCUUUUCUUAUGUCUGUAUGUGCGGCGGUGCAAACUGUAUCUGUUGUUCUAAUAACUACUGACUUCAAUGUGAGGCGACGGUGUUCGUGUGUGUGUGGACUCUGUCAGUGUUAGAAUUGGGAAAGAAAUCUUCUUCAGGUUAAAACAUUCCAGUCCUUGACGUUCCUCUCUUCGUGUGUGUUGUGUCUUGCGUCACCAACAAGUGUUUCCUUCAAAAUUCUUCCAGAUUCCUUCAGAACAACAACGGACAAUGCAGCUCGCAGAGAGAAGGGAACAGAGGCAAGCCAAGGCAGUGCCAUCAUCAUCCUGGGCAGUGCCAGCUGCUGUCGGCUGGACGGAACAAAGGGGUGAGUCGGUAGCAUGGGGAUCAAUGCGCUAAGAAGUUCGUUCAUCAGGUGAGGCAGUCAUCGUCUGCUUGAUAAUUAUUAGCGCGAGAGUGGAAUUCUCUGCUUCACUCGAACAUGCCUGAAAUUCUAUACACAUGUAUGCAUUAUGUGGAGUUAAAACAUAUGCAAAAGAGUACAAGGUUAGUAAUUACGAAGGUCUGUGAGGAAUCUACCAAGGUAGUAAAACUUCAGCAUCCUGCUUUCCCCGGUGUUACUGAAUGCUGUCUCUGUAGCAAUCUCCUUGAGAGACUUCCAUCUAUGAAUGCCACGAGAUAGAACAAUGCGGACACUGUGGACCCAAAAUAAGCCACCUAGAAGGCAAAUCCUAAGCCACAGCCCUGCAUCGCUCGGUGCCUGGCGAGGCUCAGCGCGGGCCACCCACCGCCACAAGUAGCCACUCUCCUCCUGGAGGAGCACCAGGCAGGAGUUUGUUCCUUGGCGUGUUAGCAAUACUCAGCUGUCCCUGUCUCCUGCAUGAAUCACUAGAAAAGUGUAUUUCCCUGGCAAGGGAAACAACACCCAUUAUGUAAACACAAAGCCAGCGGAGACACGGAUGGGAUUUGCAUAUUAAUCUGCGCCUCCCUCAGCUCAGCGCCACCACCACUGUCAAGGCGCACACCCUGCCGGCGACGCGUCGGAACAUCAACCACGAGGAAAUUCACUCCAACGGCCUCUCGCAGCCGUACUCUCGCACUGCCGGGCAACGGUGCGGCAAGGCAGCCACAGGCAGGCGAGGAUGGUGUGCCCGCCGCUGCCGUGCCCCUGCACACACUGCCAUACAGACAUGUCUCUUCCGGUACUUGCUAACAUGCUUUUCUCACUCACGUAUUCACCCACUAAUUUAUUUCUAGUCCUGCAGGCGCCUUCCUCGCGGUGCCACACACAGGCGUCGCCCUUACUCUCCCCUGUCCACACUUGCUUCACGGCUCUCUCCAAAACUUCAAUAAUCUAGUCACAUUUCAAUCUGAAAGCUUCCAUCCUUCUCCCGACACAACCAUUGCUGCAUUUGUUCUUUUUUAUUUUGUUCAAUCCUGUGCCAGUGUCUGUAUCUCCUAACUUUCUCUCUCGCUUUUCCUAAAGAUAGAAGUUCCAACAUUUCCACGAAUACCUUUCACCUGAAAACUAUAAUACGAUCUACCAACGCUCAGCCCACAGUGUUUAUUCCCCAUCAACCUUUUCCAGUUGCUCUGCGGCCCUUACUCCCUAUCUUUGGAAGCUGUACUGCCCAGACCACCACCACCUCAACCACCACCACCACCACCAGAUAGCGUGGCGCUUGGCUGCACCUAGCUGCCGUGAAGCAGAGGCAGCCUGGUGACCCAAGGGAGCUGCGUCAUCUGUUUUCAACGACACCCUCCCCCAACUCUCUUUCACACACACACACACACACACACACACACAUUCAUACAGUCACGUGGCCGCCACCACCAGGCAGACUCGUUGCCAGUCUUGCCAGAGGUGUGGUGAGUAGUGGUGAUGGUGGCGGUGGCAGACACUAUGGUACGGCCCUUGCCUGUGCGGUGCGGGAGGGAGGCGGUGCAUCCAUAAGGAAGCCUCAAGCACCGUAUCAUCACCCACAAUGCACUGAGAACUGGUGUCUGGUCUCAUCGUGGACGCCAAAACCAAGAAACAGUCAGGACUGCGCGCCACGCUCGCCUAGCUCGGUCCGGUGCAAGCAAAUCAAGACUCACCUGAGCAAAAGCGUCUUCUGAACCACCCGAGGAGCCUCGCCCGUGCAGCUGGGUAAGGUUCCGACGGUGUUUCUGCUGUGGACUCUCUGAACUUCAAAGUAUAAAAGACUCUCUUAACAAAAUGUUGCAUUAUAGUCUAUCAUCUUCCCGUCAUGUCAGGCUCAGCGUCGUCGAACUGUCCCCGUAAAGGAUGUGUAGUAGAUGCAGAUACAUACUAGACUCUACGACUAACAGUUUUCUAUGAAUGUGAGGAGUUGUAGUUACGACUUCCGUGCAGUGUUCCAAAAUACGUGUGACAUUUCUGCUCUGUAUAUACAUGUUAAUGUGCACACAGGAUCCGUGUAACUGCUGACGAACACUUCCUCUCAGGACUCAGUCUGACUAUCUCUUUCCUCAGCCACGGGGUUGCUCGCGCCCGUGGGUCCCCGGCGGCAGGGAGGAAGGCGCCGCCCUCACCCCCUCCCGGUACUCUCUCUCACUUUUCUUUUGUUAUCAUCAGUUAUGUUAUGAGUUAUCCUUGUUUACAAAGGAGUGUUGUGCUGCUGCAGCGUCUUCACGCUGACCCGUCCCAGCAACAGUCCAGGCAUCGCACCGGUGCCGCCAACAGUGACGGCACUCUUACUGAAUGAAGAGUGUGGCUACAAACAUUCUGCUUGUGUACGAACUUUAUAAGUACACACACACAUACACACA